UCAAAGCGCCCAGUUCUGCAAAGUGCCAUCCCAAGAAUCGACUCUCCCAUGCAACAGAUCCCUCACCAGAAGGGUCAAACAACCCAAAUAAAUGGCGGCCACUCGGCCUGCAAUACCUCCUCCGUGUCACCAGAGGCGUCUGGCGAGACAAACUCCUACUCAGGGUCGCCCACCAAGAGGCAAACGCCAAGCCCCGGGGGCAAGACGACCCCCACAGAGAAGGCGCAGUAUAACACCCCUAUUGGGCUGUACUCAGCUGAGACCCUGCGAGAGAUGGCUCAGCUCCAGGAGAGCCACAGAGGAAAGGCCUCUGCAGCAGGCCUCUCAGUGGGCAACGAGUACAUCCCCAACUUCAACCCCAAUGCGCUGAAGGACACUGCUCUGUCCACCCACAAGCCCAUCGAGGUGAAGGGUCCUGGGGGCAAGGCCACCAUCAUCCAUGCCCAGUACAACACCCCCAUUAGCAUGUACUCCCAGGACGCCAUUAUGGACGCCAUCGCCGGACAGUCCCAGUCCAAGGGCCACGAGGGCGGAGAGGAAGUCCCAGCCGGCUCCCCCUUGGCUUCACUCCCUGUAAAAGACGCUCAGGUAGACAGUGCCUCCCCAGUGUAUCAGGCUGUCAUCAAGACUGCAGACAGGGACGUGGAGUUGAAUGACUGGGCCCGCAGCUCCUCCCAGGUGCAGUCCAAGUCCUUCCGCCUCCUCGCCCACAUCACGGGAACGGAGUUCAUGCAAGACCCAGACGUGGAACAUCUGAGGAAAUCAAGCUACAGCCUGCAACAGUCUGCCUCUGGUUACAGCUCCCAGUACAAAUCCUCAGUCUCCAGCCAAUAUGGUCAGGCUCCCCCCAUGCAACAAGCCCCUCCCAUGUACCAGGGGCAAUCCAUGUACCAGGGGCAAUCCAUGCAGCAGGGGCCUCCCAUGCAGCAGGGGCCUCCCAUGUACCAAGGGCCUCCCAUGCAGCAGGGACCUCCCAUGUACCAGGGGCCCCCCAUGCACCAGGCCCCGCAGCCUCCACACAUGCAGCAACCUCCACACAUGCAGCAGCCUCCACACAUGCAGCAGCCUCCACACAUGCAGCAGCCUCCACACAUGCAGCAGCCUUCUCACAUGCAGCAGCCUCCUCACAUGCAGCAAAGCUCCAUCCAGAUCCCUGUGGGCCCUCCCCCACCCAAGGUGGUCAGCACCGCCUGCAUCGUGCCAGCUCCUGCCCCUGUUACACCCCAAGCCGCCGCCCCUGAACCCCCCUCCAGCAGGCCCCCCUGGAUCACUGACGACUCUUUUGCGAACAAGUUUGACCCCAGCAAGACAACCAGCACCAGCAUGAAAGUGCCUGCUCUACCUCAGAGUGCCCCACCAGCACCGGCCUAUAUCCCACACCCUGGCUCUGCCCACACCCCUCACUCUGCCCCAAGCCCUGCCUAUAACCCAAGCCCUGCCCCCUACAACCCCACCCCUGCCCCUUUCAAUCCCGUUGCCCGGGGUGUGGCCCAAAGGGCGGAGCGCUUCGCUGCCAACAGCAACAGAGCACCCCUCUGUGGAGCCUGCAACAACAUGAUCAGGGGACCCUUCCUGGUGGCCCUGGGUCGAUCCUGGCACCCAGAGGAGUUCAACUGUCACUACUGCCACACAUCGCUGGCAGACUGCAGCUUUGUGGAGGAGCAGAACGCAGUGUACUGUGAGAACUGCUACGGAGAGUUCUUUGCCCCCACCUGUGCCCGCUGCAACACCAAGAUCAUGGGGGAGGUGAUGCAUGCUCUGCGGCAGACAUGGCACACCACCUGCUUUGUGUGUGCUGCCUGUGGCAAGGCCUUUGGAAAUAGCCUCUUCCACAUGGAGGAUGGGGAGCCCUACUGCGAGAAAGACUACAUUUCACUCUUCAGCACUAAGUGCCAUGGCUGUGACUUCCCAGUAGAAGCGGGAGACAAGUUCAUUGAAGCACUGGGUCAUACUUGGCACGACACCUGCUUUGUCUGUGCGGUGUGUAAUUUGAACCUGGAGGGCCAGCCCUUCUACUCCAAGAAGGACAAGCCACUGUGCAAGAAGCACGCUCAUGCCAUCAACGUGUAGAUGCUCCAUCUGCAGUUUUCUAGGGUGGUGGGCAGGUGCUUACAUAGCUAUGCCCAAGCCUUGGCAAAGAGCCCAGUAGAGGGCAUUGAUGCCAGUCAAAAUGCUGAAAAAGCUGAAGAUGAGAGCAGCAAGAUUGACUGUUCAGCAAACCGAUCAAUCAGGCGUGACAAAAUUUUAAGUAUUUUCAUCAGUACUGAAAUUCAAGACAAACUGCCUAAAAUGCUGCAGCCCCCCGCCAAAAACAUGUGUUACGUUUGUAUUUAUUAAUAUCACUUACAAAUUAAUUAUAUUGUAUGUCAGAAUUCUGAUGUAAAUCCUUUGCUACUCCACUCAGAUCCUGGAGGGCCUCAAUCCAGUGAGGCUGGAGCAAAAGCCUUAGCAGCCUACAGACACAGGCAGACUGAGUGGAGUAGCAGGGCAAUCAGUACAUAAGAUGCCUUACUUCACAGGAACACUGUGUGCUUUGUUUUGAAUGUAAAAACCCCAAUAGGUUGCAGUGAAUGUCAUAAGAUCGUUUUAGUAUCAAAUACAGUAGAUUUAACAUGAUGAUGCCUCACGCCGACCAACGGAGCACAGAACGUGAACCGAUACAGUAUACUGUAGCAUGACACAUGCAGGCCUACGAAUGCUAUUUGAUUUCACAAAGGUAUUAUUAAAGUGACAGUUUAGUAAGUGAUAUUUAUUGCAUCUUUGGCAAAGUGUUAUUUAUUUACAUAGAAUAAAACGGAAGUAUAACAUCCAUGGAUGUUUACAUUGCUGAUAAAACAAAACAGUUAUAUUUGGGCUUUUGCUGAAUUAUUUAGUUUUUUUUUUAUGCAUGCAGUUGCAUCAUACAGAGGUUCAUAGUAUCAUCUGAAGAACCUGUCACUCACUCUUUCAUCCUGGAUUUAUUUAUGCUAUACAAAGAUGGUGCUCUGUUACAUUAGGAUACAGUAAUACUAUACCAACUUUGGGGAUCCAGGUCGAAGAUGAGACGAAACUUUGGAUAUAUUUGAACACUUUAUGAGGUAGGGAAGUCAGGUUUUUGGAAUGUGUCUCAUAAACUGGAUUUGCUCCUGACUGGAAAUCAAGGAACCACUCUGUGUCUUUUGUAGUAUGUAAUGGGAAUUUUGGGGAGGUGCACAGAUUGGUGGACCAGAGCCAGAAAGAUAUGUCACAGUGGGCCACCGGACUAUUGUGUCUCUGAAUUGCGCUUAAGGGAGACGAGCUCUGGCCUGGGGUCUUACAGAUACAUUUUACACAACAGAUGUCUAUGCCUGGUGAUAUGCCAUACACCUGUAUGAAGCGCUUCAUUUAAACACGAAUAUAUAGGAAAUGUCUGUCAAGGUAAAAAAAUAAUAAUAAUAAUAAUAAAUAAAUACAGCCAAACACAAUCAUUUCUCUCUCACUAGCACACACACCUUAAAGGUCAGUUGAGACAGUGUGCUUGUGUACAGACUUGAUACUUUCAGAGUUUAUUUUAUACAUCUUUGUAUAUGUUCUGUAUUUGUGUAAGUGUGUCUGCAUGCAUGAGUUUGUACAUGAUUGUCAGUGCAUGUCUACUGAGGCAACAUCAGUAUUAGUUAUGUAUCUGUGCCACUAGAGAGUAGCAAAGCAUACUGUGAUUUUGCAUAACACUGAGUACGUUUGAUAUGCAUACUGGUAAGAAAAGCACAGUCCGUGCCAGUUCAGAAUAAACCUUACAUGGUACCAUUGGAGGGAAAUGAAGACGGGCUUGAAUUGUUGCUAAAUAGUUUACUGAAGCUUACUGAAAGUUCAGCGUCUUGAAACUAGUUGUAUAGUUUCCAACCACUAGAGUGCAACAGAGUGUUGACACCAUUCUGCUACUUGGCAUGCCUCAGACACAAGUCACUACAUAGUACACUCACUGUAUGUUCCCUCUGUCCCCACUCCAGCAAACACGACAAAGCCAUUUGUCACCCCAUGUGGACUUCGUAUCCAACAGUUCAAUGUCAAGCUUUUUCAACCAGCCAUGUCAUUACACUAACUCCAUAAUCAGAAAUUGUGGACAGCAUAGGGAAAACAAUUGUUAGGUUAUUUAGAUGGUUCCCCUUUUAAAAAAAAGAGACUAUUGCGUCAACAUGAUGACAGAAAUGCUGUGCAUCCCAUUGAGGCUAAUCUUAGACAAUCAAAUGUAGUGUAUUUUGUGUUACCUGGUAUCUAAAGGACCAUGUCAGCAGCCCAAAAUGUCAAUAUCGCUGGUUCCAAUGCUCACACGUGUCCUCUGUAGUCAACAUUGGCAAUAAUAACACUAUGAAAGAAUAGUUAAGGACAAAAUGAAGGAGGACCCAGUUUUAUAGAAUUUCACAGUCCAUUCCCAAAUGACUACACCUCUCUGCCGUCGGGCAUUCAUUCCAUUUAGGUAAGAGGUCUCUGGUGCAUCUCUGUCCUCUGUAACGAGAGACUUAAGUAGCCUUCAUCGUUCUCUUCACUCUCGACACGUCCCUCCCUCCUGGCUAGUUCUCACUAAACAUAUGGCACACAGGUUACUUUGCAAUGACACUGUAUUAAGACCAUCCUUUUCAAUUUCAGGCUGCUGAGUGGUCUUUUAGAUGUUGGUUCACACAUGAUUUCUGUCCGUACUGCUGUUUAGUAAACACUGGCGAGGCUGCAAGGUUUAUAUCCAAUGUGCAAAAGGGGAUUGCUUCUUCUUCCAUGUUCUGUGUUUUGAUCGGGGAAAGUGAUUUUUUUUCUAGAGUAGUAUUUGUGUUAUAGAAUAGAUGGUAUAUACUUGGCAUGAGAUAACAACCGCCACUCUUAAAUCGGAUCGUUGAUUUACUCGUGUUUUUGAAGCAGCAACUGAAAUAUGGCUUUGAUCUUUGAGUAGUUGUAGGGCGUCAAUGUUUUUUUUCUUUGGCAUGGACUGUGUUGGAGGAAUGGAGUUGUUGUCAUUGUUCUGUUGUACAUUUAUUAAUAACACCUGAAUUAGUGGUUCAUCUCUUGCUGCAUUUGUACUUAGAACCCUAUCGUCUGUAUAGACAAGGUCUUGUUUUUUAUGUGGAACGUUGAUGUGUUUGGAUUGUAAACCCAUAUUUCAAAUGACUCACCCUGCCUGGCCUACCAUAACACGAACUAUACUUAGAAAUAGGAACAUGUUUUAUGCAUUGCUUUAUUUAGUGAAAUGCAUCUGACUGCUAUCAGAACAGAGUUACAUGGAGAAAGGAUAUACCUUGACGAUUGAAGAAUUUAACAGGAGUCUAUCGGUGUGUGUGUGUGUGUAUCUAUCUUGGGAAGGAAAUGUGCUUGAUUUCGUCUCUCUUGAGAACUUCCUGGAUUGGUCAAUGUUUGAAGGGCCUUAAUUUAUGCAUGCUGUAGCCUAUUAAAUACCAUGACCUUAAUUUAUAUUGUUCAGCAAAGACUACGAAUCACCAUUAUGUUUUUGUUUUACAACCACAAGUAUGCCUGUAUUACCAGAGUCAAUGAUGAGACGUUGCUGGUAUCUCUAGGGGGUCGUUCCACAAAAUGGGUGCCUCUUGCAUCCGUUUGAUAUUUAAGUAGAACUUGUGCAACAAUAUUACAUUUUAAAAGCCUGUUAUAUUAAAUGAAGUGCCCUGUUAAUACCAAGCAUUGGUGCCAAAAUUCAGCGUUUUGACGCCCCUCCGUCAACCGUGUCACUUCCUCUAGGAAGAUUUCAACCCACUUACUCAAAACAUUUCUCCAAGUGUCACCAUCGUUGUCCUAGUUAUUUUUGUUGCUUUUACAAAGUAAUUUGAAGAUGAUUUAUUUCAUGUGAUUAUUGAUUCAUUUACUCCUGUCCCUCAUUUUGGUGAUCCCUGUUAUGUGAACUGAACUUUUGUUUUAAUAUGGUGAAACUAUUUCUUUUAAACCAUGUUUUUUUUAAAGGAAAGUUUGAACAUUAAUUGUCAAAUCAUAGUUUAAAAGCAGGUGAUAUGGUUUGAGUAUUCUUGGCCAUUUUCUGGUGUUUUGUGGUGGGAGACUGAGCGGGCCGAACAUAACACGUCAACACUGUUACCCAUAAAUAGCUAAACCAUUUCUGGCCUAUUAUUUUUUUCAUGAAGCUGAUAUUCACUUGCCACUCCCUCAUGCACAGACACAUCCAUUCCCCUUGUCACAAGGGGAUUUAUGGUUGAUUUAAGAAGAAAUCAUCAACCCCGUUACUUUAUUUUGAUUAGAUUUAUUUGGCACUUUAAUAGGCCCUUUCUAUAGUUAUUUAAAAAAACCUCUUGAGAUGAGAACAUGUUUUUUAUGAAUUUGAACAUGUGCGCUUGACAAUGUUAAAUUACACUUCUCAAAAGGCACUGAAUUGGUGGAAUGACCCUAGGAUGGUUUGAAUCUUUGAAAUGUGUCAAUAAACGUUUUAUUUCACAA